AUGCCAACGUGGCAAGAUAUGCAGACGAACGUGACGUCAUCGGCCUGCACCACAGGUGCUGCAGAGGAAGAGGCAAUCUUCCCCUACAGAACCGUCUCUGCAGAUGAGACAAAACUGCAAAUAAAGACACGUGUUAGUGCAAAUAACGGCUCUCUCACAUUCAGCUCACCCGGCGCAGUGACCGCUCCAGUAGAUGCCGGCAACGACAAGGCAAUUCGUGGCGCGGUGCCACCGGUGGACUUCUUGCAGUUCUCACGGUUCAAUCUCUUCUUUCGUCUUACCUUCAUCAUUCUCCUUCAUCCUUUAUUUCUGCCAGUGCCGUUACUUCAGGGCGACUUCCGGUGUACUCCUUUGGGUUCUUGCAGACUGCAGCUGCAAGAAUUCAAAGGUACUACCCUACAGUCGCCCUUCAAACAUAGUUUCUCAAGGAUUUUGGAGACUUUGGAUGGCGCAGUGACAGCCACUCCUCCCUUUGAGCGCCCUCCUGGCAGUUCCCUAACAGCCACUCCUCCCUUUGAGCGCCCUCCAGUUCCCAACUAUUAUACUUACGAAUUUCGGGACUUUGGAUGGCAGUUAGAGCCACUCCUCCCUUUGAGCGCCCUCCAGUUCCCAACAGCCACUCCUCCCUUUGAGCGCCCUCCAGUUCCCAACUAUUAUACUUACGAAUUUCGGGACUUUGGAUGGCAGUUAGAGCCACUCCUCCCUUUGAGCGCCCUCCAGUUCCCAACUAUUCUGCUUAUUGGAACUGGGGGUUGCGCAGUGCAUGCCACUUUGGCUCCUGCUUAUUGGGACUGGGGCUCAGCGCAGUGCAUACCACUUGUCAGUGGCUCCUGCUUCUUGGAAUUGGCGGUAGUGCAGUGCAUGCCACUUGUUAGUGGCUCCUGCUUAUUGGGACUGGGGCUCAGCGCAGUGCAUGCCACUUGUCAGUGGCUCCUGCUUCUUGGAAUUGACGGUAUCGCAGUGCAUGCCACUUCCUGCUCCAACUUUUUAAUGGUGACUGCUGAACCUGCCGGUACUUUUGUGUGGCAAGUGCUCUCUAGUUAA